UCAUGGACUAUAAUCAUGUACACUAUACAUAGAGAUAGCGAAUUGUCUCCCUUAGUUUAGUAACUCUUCUAGUUUUAGUUACUUGUGUCACUGUCAAAAUAUUUAUUUCACAAUGGUCUGUGAAAAAUGUCAGACCAAACUUGGAAAAGUUAUCACCCCAGAUCCAUGGAAGACAGGAGCCAGAAACACUACAGAAGGUGGAGGACGUAUAAUCAAUGAAAACAAAGCGCUAACAUCAAAAAAGAACAGAUACAGCCCUUACAACACAUUUCAGAAGUGUCGUAUAUGCAAAUCAUCAGUACACCAAUCUGGAUCACACUACUGUCAAGCUUGUGCAUACAAGAAAGGAAUAUGUGCAAUGUGUGGAAAGAAAGUUAUUGAUACCAAAAACUAUCGACAAAGCUCAGUGUGAGAUCAGUGGGUAAUAUAUCCAGUUUUCUACAAGCUACUAGAAUGAAGAUAUACCAGCUAACAACACAUGUUUACUAGAGAUAAAAUACAUUUUCAGAUAUAAGCAAUUAUUUAUUCUUGGUCACUUAUGUAGUGUAUCAAUUUCCAAAGGCUCCACAACUUCUUUUUAUGCAUUGUAUAUCUAUGUUGGUUGAAAACACUGUAAAUAUAUAUUUCCUUUAGAAGUUUAAAACAAUUUAAUUGAAUGUUAGUGCUCAAUCAAAUUCAAAUUUAAGAUAUGUUUUGUGAAUAAACUCUCAAAAGUAAA